AUGAGAUUAACCAACGCAGUUUUGGAACAGAUAAGACAAGUAAUAAAGGUAAAGCAUGUAAUAGUGCUUACCGACUCAGAAAUCGCUCUGAGCUGGGUAACAACACAAGAGAAACCAGAGUCAAGCCCAUUUAUAAGAAAUAGAAUAUGCGAAAUUCGCAAGAUCAUAGAACACCUCGAAAAUGCUGGACAUAGCGUACGCUGCGGCCAUAUUAGCACACAGCUAAACCCAGCAGACUGCGCAACAAGAGGUGCAACCAAAGAAGAGCUCCAAGAACAUUGGUGGUGGACAGGACCAGAUUUUCUAUUACAACCACAAGGAAAUUGGCCAACGACACUGAAGGAAAUGGCUAAACAGGCAACAGAAGGAGAAAACGAAGAAGAACAAGCAAGGCUACUAACAAAGACAAACGUAAUGCAAGCAAUACAAAGUUCGUGCAAACUAACGGACACGUAUUGGCACCAAUGGCAGUACGAAUACCUCACGGCAUUACGCGAGACUCACAAACGCGAAGUCAACAAGAAACGAUCUUCGAAAGAGAUACCUCACAAAGGUAAGGUAGUAUUGAUCGCGGAUGCAUUACAACCAAGAUAUACCUGGAAACUAGGAAGAAUCGAAGAAUUGGUACCAAACAAAGAGGGGGUAGUGAGGGAAGCAGUAGUCAAAUUGCCUUCACAGAGGAAAAUCCGAAGACCCAUCAACCUGUUGAUUCCUUUAGAACUAGAAACAGAGGAAUACAGAAACCACCAAAAGAUUGAAGAACUCGAGGAGGAAAAAGGACAACCGCAACCACCAGAUACCAGUAACCAAAGCUCGGUAACAAUUCCCCCUAUCCCCAUGCUUAAUACCUACUUCAUAACAAACAACAACGAAACAGCCUUAUGGGAUCGAAAAUCAACCCCACCACUAUCAUGUGUAAACCAAGAAGCGGCGGAAACUCUGGACUGCGAAGUCAGAGACGACUGUAUAUGCUAUCCAGCAGAGACAAAAGCUAACUGCAAGUGUAACGAGAUUGACAUAUCCUCAGGAUUCAACGACCUGCAAAGAAGGCUACCGGCAGAAAUGCCAUCAGUAUCCUUCAAACAAAACGACCAGGGGAAAGUUUAA